AUGUCAAUGUUGCAGAAAAGUAAUUUUUGUGUUGUAGUGUGUUUAAUAUUAUUUACGGGGAAAGCUUUUGCUUUUGAGUAUGUUGUAUUUAAAACUACCCCAGUUUCUAAACCUUCAAUUGUUAAAAGGGACACCAAAUCGGAUCUUCCGGAAAUUAAAGAAUUUCUUGUAAACACACAUGUAUCUAACCAUUUUGCAGAAACUAGUGUUACUAAUGUAGUAGAAAACCCAGAUCAUUUUGCCAAGCAAACGACCUUUUCCGUAGUUCUGCCAGAGAGAGCUUUUAUUUCAGGUUUUUACAUGGAAAUCGAUGGAAAACAAUAUAAGGCCUUCGUGGAAAAAAAAAGGAUUUAGCUAGAACUAUCUUUAAAAAGUCUGCAGAAAAAAGGACAAACUGCUGGACAUGUUGCUGUGAGCACGAAAAAUUCUAACAGAUUCACUGUAACGGUCAACAUAGAACCACGAAGCAAGGUACUCUUUAAAUUAGAAUAUGAAGAACUAUUACAAAGAGAGAAUGGACAGUACGAAAUUAUCACCAACAUUCAACCUGGUCAAAUUGUUAAAAAAUUGAAGGUCACGAUAACCAUAAAAGAAAAUCAACCUUUGGUAAACUUGAAAACACCUUACCUUCAGGCAGGUAGUGGAUCGAUGGACCUGGGACAAACGACAAUAGAUCCUAAUGCACGUGUCAGUGUAGACAAUAGUUCAGCUGUGAUAAUAUUUGAACCUAAUGUUGAAAGACAAAUGGAAUUUGCAUGCAGCGGACUUGGAAAUACAGAGUAUAAUGGAUUUGCUGGACAGUUUAUUGUUAAUUAUGAUGUUAAUAGGACAAAUGAAGGUGGAGAAGUAUUUUAUCAAGACAAUUUCUUCUUCAUUUCUUUCGCACCACAAACCUUAGAUCCCAUUCCUAAGCAUAUGGUUUUUCUACUUGACACUAGUGGAAGUAUGGAAGGUUUUAAAAUUACUCAGCUUAAAGAUGCAAUGUCACAGAUUUUGCCUCAGUUAAACGAAAAUGAUAUCUUUACUAUCAUUCAGUUUGAGUUAUAUGUUUUUGAUUGGAAUAUUAAUAAGACUAAAAAGGGCGUGUUUGACAAUAUGGAUAUCGAAUAUAUGCCUCCUCCAUAUGGGCGUUUGGCUGAGACCUUAACGUCAUAUACUCCUUCAAUUAUGGAAGCUUCCAAGGAAAAUAUUGAAACAAUGAAAACUGUCGUUGACAACUUUAAUGCUGUAGGUGGUACGAAUGUUUUAGCAGCGUUAGAAGUUGGAUUAAUGGCUGUAUCAUCGGCCCAAAAAAAACACCCAAAUAAAUAUCUACCCAUUAUCGUCCUUCUUAGUGACGGAAAGCCAGAUACCCGGUCUAGUGUUGCAGAUAAUAUAACUUAUAUCGACGAAGUGAUAACAACAUUGAACCAAGCUAGUUAUAAAACUCCAAUAUAUUCGUUAUCCUUCGGUGAUGUACCGAUGGAAUACAGAAACUUCCUGAUAAGCCUAAGUGACCAUAAUUUUGGGAAGGAGCAUAAGGUUUUUGUUGACUUUGAUUCAUCGCAAUAUAUUCAAAAAUUCUACGAAACUAUUUCUGUGCCUUUGUUAAGCAACGUCGCUGUCAAUAAUUUACCACCAUCAGCUCAAAUCACUAAAAUAAAUUUCCCAAUUUUUUUUAACGGAUCGGAGUUGGUGAUUGCUGGAAAAGGGAUUGAAAACAACAAAACUUCGUCAGUAACAGUUUCAGCAAACUCAAAAAAAGGCCUCAAGAACUUCGAACCACAGGUAGGUGUUCCUUUGGCAAGAUUAGAACGAAUUUGGGCGUAUUUAACAGUAAAACAAUUGGCCGAUCAAUAUUAUACAACAAAAAACAGGACUCUUGCCGAAAUUGGAUUAGAAAUAGCUAUGAACCAUUCAUUGGUAACCGAUUUUACUUCUUUGGUUGUUGUUAAAUCAGGCACACCUAAUGAAACCGUAGAUAUGGAAGAUGCUUAUAGUGGGAUAUUUCCAAAAAAACCCAAUGAAUUACCAAUGUGCAAAAAUAUAACAAGAAUUUGCACUCUGCCUAAGGAUAGCAGAAAUUGCGGCAGUUUUACUGUUAACUGGUUUUAUAGUACACUUAAACAUCAAUGUGAACAGUUUCAAUAUGGGGGUUGUGGCGGAACCGAUAAUAGAUUUGAAAGUAAGCAAGCAUGUGAAGAAACUUGCGUGAAUCCAACGGGUCCAGAGAGAUGUAAGCUCCCAAUUUCUUUGGGCACGUGUAACAAAGGAUUACGACAAUGGUUUUACGACCACACCAAACAUACAUGUGUACAAUACGUGUACGGUGGUUGUCUUGGCAAUUCCAAUAGGUUUAAUACAAGAGACGAGUGUUUAAAAUUAUGUAAUCCGAAUAUGUUAAAUGAAACUAGAAACGUUAGCCCGACUUUUAAGAAAAAAUGUAUUAAAGUGACAUCUACGAAAUUGAGGAUAUAUAAUAUUUGUUUAUCCUAG